GUGAAAUUGCUAAUUUCUGUAAAAGGUCUAUGAAAUUAUAGCUUGCGCCCGGCCUCGUGUGUGGGCCCGGAAGAUAGCAGCUUGGUCGUGAUUGGUUGAAAUGGUCGUUACAUCACGGACUCUCCUGAGCCUGUAAAUAGCAUCACGGCCAUGACUCGCGUAUAACAGAAGCAGCGCGUGACUGAUGGCCCUAGCAGAUGAAUAUCUCAGGACUCAUCCGUACCUUGUCAACUCAUUUACGGCAAACACUCCAGAGUGUUCACAAGUGGAAUGCCUUCUAGUGAAACCAUGUACACUUAUCCUACAAACUCCCCUGGGGCUCCCGCGAAUAACAUGAUACCUCCAGUCUACGCUAACCAAGGCUACGAGGGCUUUUACAGGCCCGGAUCUUCGCCGUACUCCUCGGUUCAUUUUCCCGUUUAUGGUCAGUACGACGCGAGACAAGAAAGGUACUAUGGACCUCCUCUUCCCCGCUCUCAACAUCCUACAAGGCAAGACAUGGUGAAGCCACCGUAUAGCUACAUUGCCCUUAUUGCUAUGGCGAUACAAAGCGCGCCAGAGAAGAGAAUAACACUCAGCGGGAUUUAUAGUUUUAUAAUGGACAGAUUUCCCUAUUACAGGAAUAACAAACAAGGCUGGCAGAACUCUAUAAGACACAACCUUUCACUCAACGAAUGUUUCGUUAAGGUCCCCAGAGAUGACAAAAAGCCGGGGAAAGGGAGCUUUUGGAUGCUAGAUCCGGACAGCCUGAACAUGUUCGAGAACGGGAGCUAUCUGCGGCGGAGGAAGAGGUUUAGGAAGAAAGAUGUUCAGAAAUCAAUGGAGGGGGAAAGCCAGCGCAAGUCGGAUGGUACUUCCGUUGAGAAUUCCACAGCAAGAAGCGAGACAUCGACAACUUCCGCUGAACAAAACGAUCAAAACGAGGGAGAGGACUCGAAUUCGAGCAGCGGAGCGGCUAAAGCGGAGAGCGACAGUCCCAUCCCUGAGAAAGACAUGGUGGUGGUAACAAUACCGCAGCCGAAGACAAGUCCGCCCGCGAUGGUGAAAAGAGAGCCCUGUAUGGUAGACGAAGAGGGACACGAACAUCGAGUCACCCCACCGUCUUUCCCCACAGCGCCACCACGCGCGGGCUACGAUCCACAAAACCCGUAUUCUUACGGAGCCUACUGUGCAUACACGCAAGCACAACCGCAGGGAUUCAACGCUCAAGCUUACCCGUACGAGAACAACUCCGCCAGCGCGCGCCCGGCUAUGCCACACUACAACUCUGAUCCCGCACACACAGAACCGCUGCCGAGGUUCUCUCCUCAUCUUAGCCACUAUACGCAACCUACGCCGGUAGUAGAAGAACCACAAAACCGCAUCAAUAGUCCGUAUGGUGAUUACGAAGGCCGAGGAACAGCGGGGCAGUGGUACCCUCAAGGAUAUAACGCCACAAGCACUGCGAAUAUGCCAACGGAGGCAACCAUCCCGCAGGCCCAGCAAGCAAGGCAAGCCAAUUUCCCGAACGUUAGAGAGAUGUUUGAGUCUCAAAGGCUUUUGGUAUCGAGCGCCAACCAAGCAAGCAGCCCCAACCAUCACCCUCAAGGUCAGUUCGCAAGCGGAGCGGGAUAUCAUUCUAGUCCAAGCUCUAUCUAUUAGAGUCAAGACCAAUGACUUUCUUACGCUUUGUACUACGAACACCGAGGAGAAAACUCUGGACAUUCCUAAGCUAGCAGAUCUGUAGAUUUACGCGUUCUUUUACUUGCUGAGCGGUCACCAUGUGAUAGUUUAGAAGCACUAAGCUGCAAUAAGAAGUCAUGAAAUGUCUAAUCGGAAAAUACGAGGAAAUAUUACCGCUAAGUGAUAACGCUUUACAGAACUCUAAGUGAUAGAUACAACACACACUCUACAUUCUCGUGUUUUCAUGUACCUUUUAAUGUGCUUUCUUUGAAAGCAAGGUUUCUUUUAUAAGAAUAGGACUGCUAUUUGACUAAAGCUUUCUCUAGCUGUUCCUACCAGACUCUUCGUCAAAAACCACACUUUAAUCUUAACUUUUCAUUCGUGAUUUCCGUAUCCAAAAAAAAUCUCAGCCUUAAGGUCCUAUUAUCCGAUUUUGUUUUAAAUUGGCCAGAAGUAUUUUGGCAAGUCUGAUAAUGUUUAUAUUUUAUGACUGAUUUAUCGUUUUAUAUCACAGCUUUAAUCUUGCGCGGUGUAUAUAUCUUACUCGUUCUCUAUGAGAAUCGUUAAUUGAAUUAAAUAUGAUUUUACCAAGUUUGUAAAGGACUACCUUGAGGACUGUCUUUAGUGUGUUAUAAUAUAGUCACUAAUAGACUAAUAUUUUAUAGUUGUCGGUAAAUGUAUUGCUUGUAAAAUUAUUUGCCCUUAGAAUUAUGAUAAAAUGUAGUUUUCAGAUUGGAGACAUCAUUUAUGACAGUCAUAUUUUUCCUGUGCUAUGUACAGAAUGAAAAAGGUCGACCAACUACGUAAAUAAAGCUUAAAAAGAGAUUCAACUUA